UUGACGUGAUGACGCAAUUUCUGCCUCGUUGGAAGGUGGUUUCGGCAGGAAGCGCUGUGACGGCGGACUGAGGCGUCACGUGAUCGCCGGGUGGAGAAAUCGAAGACACCCGGACGCACUCGGUCGAAUGGUCUACUUUUCUCUCCUGGUAGCGAACGAUGUCGGCCACUGAGAUACUUCCAGACAUGGAUGGAGCAGACCUGCUGGGGCUGCUGUUCCACGAUGGAGAGGACGGAUCUACCGAGCCCUUCUUUCCUUACGGGAAUGGGCUCAUCGAAUCCUGGCUGUCUGAACAAGAUAUGCUCACAGGUAUGGAUACUGAAGACUUUCUGUCCAGCUUGUUGGAGGAAGAGGACAACUUGGGGACGGUCAGCCCCUCUCAAUCUCCCUUGGGCAGCGACAGCGGCAUUUCUGAUGACAGCAGCACUGGCGUCGGAAACAACAAUCUUCUGGGAUGCCCAAGUCCCAGUGGCAGUGAUUGUGGUGUUGUGCCCAGCCCCAGUUAUUCCCAGCCCAGUCCCGUGCACUCAGAUCCUGCCCAGGUCCCCGGAGAGCUGCACACAGAGACCCCGGAGGCCUUAACAGUCCAGACAGACCACAGCUACUCUCUGCUGCAGAGUGGAGGGAGGGACGUGGAUGCCCUGCAGAGUGUGAGGGCGGAGAAUCCAGAUACAGAUGUCUUCAUUGAUCUGGACGACCUGGUGAGUGAGGAAAUGGAGGAAGACAUCGACAUUGACAUGGACAGCGACCUGCCCUGCACUUUGGCCAUAGAGGAAUCAACACUUGAUUCCACACUGCACAACACAACAGAGCAGUUCCAGUUUAAAGAGAUUGUUCUCACUGAGGAGGAGAAGCGACUUUUGGCAAAAGAGGGAUCAACCCUUCCCUCACACAUGCCUCUCACAAAGGCAGAGGAGAGGACCUUGAAGAGGGUCAGGAGGAAGAUCCGCAACAAGCAGUCUGCUCAGGAGAGUCGCAAGAAGAAGAAAGUGUAUGUUGAUGGACUGGAGAACAGGGUUGCCAUCUGUACUGCACACAACCUGGAAUUACAGAAGAAAGUCCAAAUGCUUCACAAACAGAACAUCUCCUUGAUUGAGCAACUGAAGAAACUGCAGUCUAUAGUGAAGAUGUCAACUAUGAAGGCCAGCACCACCAGCACUUGCGUGAUGGUGUUCCUGCUCUCUUUUUGCCUCAUCAUCUUCCCGUCAGUCAAUCCGUUUGGCAGAAGCACAGAACAGAAGGAACUCUACACACCAUCAUCCAUCAUCUCUCGGACCUUGCGCUCAAUACCAUCAGAAAGCACAGACGCUGUAACCUACCUUGAGCCUGAAGAGGAUGAGUUUCCCUUUGCGCCCCAAGCAGAGGUGGACAACGUCAAGGCCAUCUUCGCUGUGAGCCAGAAGAACCACACUCCAGACUACCAGAGGGUGGAGCAACCCGACUCGGAGACCGGCGUCAGCAACAGCAACUCCUCCGCAGACUUUCCCAGCCCUGCUCAGGCCGCAGAGAUGAAGCCAGGUCUGCCCGGUGGUUUAGGGUCUUUACAGGAAGGAGCCGUUGAUUCUGUGGCGGCGUCUGCUGCGGCAUAUGAGGUCUCCGGGUCCAAGGAUAACUGGAUAGAGCGUAACCCGCCAUCUGUCAUACUACAGCAGCAUCGCUCUGAUGAGAUGUAGUCGGGAGAUGUUUCUCAUUAUAACCAGCAGAGGGGGCCAUAUUCCCAAUGUUUGGAGUAAAAAAGGGAAAUUUAAACUUACAAAAGGAGGAAGGGAAAAUACUUGUAAUUAUCAAAACAUAUGAUCCGUCCAUCUGUCCCUACUUCUCCCCUCUAACUGCCUUCUGAUGUACUACUGUUAUUUUACCUGCACUUUGUUCUGAUUUCCCUUUUGUACCAAUGGGCGAAAAAAGAACUGGAGGGGAAAUUCCCACAUUCCAGCCGUGUAAACUACCUGAAGAACAGGGCACAGCAGGGAUAAUGUGCAAGCUUACAUUGCUGGAGGCCACAAGCUACUAAGGUACCACUGUGGCCUCUCACGUUAUUAAUGAACCAGCAGUGAUUUACUAAAAGCAAAGCAUUACUUGAUACCAUUAUUAUUUGACACCAAAUUCUAGACUGAGCUUUGAUGGACUUGUCUGUCUGAUCACUUCCACCUGAUCUUAAUCUAAUCAAAAAAUGCUGCUUUAUACUCACUUCCCCAUCGUCUAUUGUUUCGGAAAUAAGUAUUCUUACAACAGUUAGCUCUGUUACGUAGUUAGCGACAUCCAUUGCCUAGUAGAAGAGCGGCUGCUUAAUUCUCAUGAAGCUUGAUCAAAGCGGUUGUUGAUCACCAUAGUGCUAAAGCCAUUGCAGGACAUUUGGCCAUUUAGAAGACUUGUAAAGUUUGUUAUUGUUUCCCUUGUAACAAGGGCCUCCAUGCACAUUCAAAUUUUUUGGAAUGCUUUGUUUUUACGUUUAUGUACAGUAAACCAAGAAACAUUUGUCUCCAAAACGUAGAGCGAGACACUGAACCUUUGACUAAGCCGACCCCAGUCCAGCCCCGCCAUCUCCUCUCUUAUUGUUACCCGGGACGGAUCUUACCUUUAUGAACGUAUCGGAAAUACCUUAGCGCCUGGGUGCACAGUGUAAGGGGUUCGAUAUAUUUGCUCAGUAAACUGUUGCAGUAAAAAAAAAAAAUUGUACUGAAAAAUGUAAUGACCUGUUCUGUCAGUGAGGCAUUUUUUUGUUGAUUUCUGUGUAUUUCUAAUGUUAUUGUCGGUGAUAAACGGAAUCUACCAGGUAUUGGAACAGCUUUUUUGUUAAAGGUAAAGGGUUUACGAGAUUUUAAAUGUUGCUCACGUUGAACAAAUGCACUGACAUUUGACAGUCAAAAGAAUCCAAUGUAAAUACGCUCAAAUGAUUGUAGCUCCUUUGUACAGUUGAACUCUGUAUGUAUAAACAUGUUUGGACAUCUAUAAUAAUAAUAAUAAACUUUUUAUAUAUCGUAA